AUGGCGAGCGAGUGCGUGUCCGUCAAUGUUGGCCCGCGAAUAGAGGAUAAAGUGAUAUGCGAGUUAAGCAACUCUGAUCAUUGGCAUCAUCCAAAGGAUCUUCAACCAAGACAGGGCUGGACAUACAGAGGUGCAGAGGUACGAUUGCGAACUUGAAAAAUAUGAGGACAUUGUACCGUUCUUCGUGUAAUGAUUUUUAUUAAAUCUGGGGUCAAUUUAAUAAAACUUUUACAAGUGUAGCCAUUGUUUUAGAGUCUGAAAACAAUAGCUAUACUUUUAAAUUACACUUUAAGAAGUUUUAUUAAAUUGACCCCUGAUGUAGAUAACCUAUUUUCAAGAACUGUUCUAGGGAUAAAAGGUUCUCUCUAUUCUAUAUUGUUGAAACCUAGUCCAUUCCCACCAUAAACGAUUUAAAUACUUGACUGUUUUUUUUUAUCAGAAUCUCUGCUGCAGUAACCCUUGCCUUAACAACGCCAAAUUUCUUCUUGGAUAUACAGACAAAAGAUACCUUUGUGUAUGUGCAUCUGGAUAUACAGGGGAACACUGUGAAACAGGUACAGUUAAACUGCCGCAUGAAAAAAAUCGCCGUCUACCCCUAGCCACUGUUCUAAAAGAUAGAAGCAAAGUCGUUUAUGCCGGUUAUAGCCUGGGAUUUGCUAGAGAUAGAAGUUAGUAAAUAUGCACCGUGAAGUUUUUACUGACAUAUCUCUCUAGCCUAUCCCAGCUACUUUAUACUAUAAGCGACUUUGCCUCUCUUUUUCUUUCGUUACGGUCUCCAGUUUAUCUUUUGUUGAUUAAACUUUAGUGUAACUACCGUUAGAUUUAUUCAGUUGGCAUAUACAGUUAUCAUAAAGGCUCGUUAACAGGAGUCUAACUUUCAUAAAACAGCCAGUAUCUGGUGUUAUUCAAGAAUCCUCGAGACAAACUGCAAAUCCUGACUCUGGCGAAGCAAAUGUAUCCCGGGCUGACGGAUUUCUUUUUAAAUCAGUACGAAGAGGCUGUAAAAAGACCUUUUGGUUAUCUUCUGAUUGAUCUGAAAGCUACUACCCAAGAUAAUUGUCGGUUGCGAACAAACGUCCUGCCCAGUGAAGAAGGCUUUAACCAAUCAGGGUUUCAAGAAAGACUAGAUGGAAAACCAGUCUUUUAUAAAUCUUAUUAUGACUCGGAGAAAUGUAUUAUUAAAGAUCUCUUGUUCAAUCUCGACAAUAUAGAAUCCUUUAAUGCAAUCAAUAACAUAGUUGAGAAAGCUAAUUUUCUUACAUGGACAGGUCUCAGGCACGCAAUUCCUUCUAUUCUGAAAACAAUAGAGUACACUACCUUUACAGAAAAUACUUAUUUUACAAAGGGGACCGAGAUUUUUGACAUAGCGGAAAAGAAAACGAACGACUACUACUCUUUAAUAAUACCAAAUAAAGCACAAUUACCUAGUAAUGCAAAGAAUUUAAAACAUGAUUUUGGCUUAUCUGACGAAGACUUAAAAAUUGCUUACAACCUUCCCCACCUGACAACACAGGAGCCUUACGUCAAAUCCUUUCAAUAUAAAGUUUUAAAUUCAAUACUUUACACUAAUGCAAAACUUUUUAAAAUUGGAUAUCUCCAGCAUGACAAAUGUACUUUUUGUAAGACUGAACAGGAAACAUUAUGUCACUUUCUAUUUUACUGUCAGCACUCAAAUAUGUUGUGGAAAAAUGUUGAACAGUAUAUUAUUUAACGAUAACAAAGGAAUUUCACGGGUUGUGUUUACGAGAGGUUAUAAUUGGAAUAACGAUGUCAAAAUGCCCCUUGUUAAAUUAUCUGAUAUUAAUUGGUAAAUAUGUAUUUAUGGGAUUGCAGAAAGAAACAGGUACUUCCAAACACUGAAGGUUUCAAAUUUAAAGUAAGAACUAAAUACCAAGUUGAAAAAUAUAUUUCCACUAAGAAUAAUAAAUUAUAAACCUUUUAUGAAAAAUGGCCGAAAGACAUUUCUCCCCUUUAAUUAAGUUCGUGAGUAUGUAAUUAAAACUGUAAUCUUUUAUUAGACACUUUUUUUUGUAUUUUUUUUUGUAUGUGUGUUUGUGUUUUUGUUUUAUUUCAGAGCGUACUGUAAAUAUUAAGUGUUAAUCUCUCUUUUAUCUACAUAAUUAAGUAUUAAUUAAUUCUUUGUAAAAGAAGCCUCAUUCGGCAAUUGCGCGGCUGUUUUGUGGCUGUAAUGUAUAUAAUUGUGAAAUGUAGAUAAUUGUAAGUAUGUCUGUUAUUGCGGUUGUUUAGAACAUUGUAAUUAGUUUCUUUUUAAGUAGUUCUUUGUAAUUAUAGUAAUAAAUGUCUUGAAUAAAAAAAAAUCAGGGUUUCAAGAAAAUAUUCAUCAAGAGCUUCUAAAAUAUCUGAAGCAGCAAACUCUUUCGCCUGUCCCGCUUCUUCCAGCUAUGCAAGAAAUACAAGGCAACAUGGAUGACGUGCUUUCUCGAAACGAUCUUCGGGAUGAUGAAAAAGCUAAACAAUACCUUCAGUUGCAAAACAGAUACCUGGCUUUUAAAGAACAAUUAAAUACAAGAACACGACCGGAAGAAAUAAUCAGCACUGUUCCAGACUUAACAUCAAGGACACAAGAUUCUUCGACAGCAACGACAGCAUUCUCCACUCCCCUCAACCCCUUUAAUGUAACAUCUGAAUUAACACAAGCGGCUACCUCUCAAAAACCUGACAAAGAAAGCCUCAUCCCUCCACCACCCUUAAAUCCUGCGUUUCUGACCCCUCCUCCCACAGUAGAAACCCCAUCACCACAAGGCCCGAAGCGAUAAAGGCGUCGGAUUCAAUUUCUAAAUUAUUUAAAUGAUCAUAAAUCUCAUGGCAAACAGCUGAAGAAACGUCGGCAUAAGAAAUUCAAACCUUACAAGUACUCCAUCUCCAUGGGCGAAGAAGAAGGAAUUAAUAUAUUUCCAUUCCUGUGUAUUUGACUCUUUUUGUCAUUGUUUUUUAAUAAAGUUUUUGAAAACGGUAUCUCUCUGGUGUUCUUAUUGCUAGCAAUUAUGAGUCGCGUGUUUUAGUUGAUCCUUGUUAAGUUACUUGUUUUAUAAUAAUACGUCAAGAUGCUCCCUUGAGGUUUUUCCUGUAGAGCUAAUUUGUAUUCAACUUUGGGCUUGUGAACUCGCAUAAUUACCUAACGGUGCUCGAAACGCUGAGACUUCAAUAGUAUUUCAUUUCCUCGAGAUAAAACGGAGAAAACGUCAGACAAAAUUGAAAUAAAGCGUUUUCAGCCCCACUUUGUGUAUGUUUUGUUGAUAUAUCCGAGUUUUAGUGUUAAAUAAGAAGACGUAAACUUUAUUGAAAUAAAGACUUUUCAACUUACUUUCUGUAUGUGUUUUGUUUCUAUAUCUGAGUUUUAGCGCUAAAUAAGUUAUAGGAAGCCGUUUCUAGCGUUGCUAGGUGAUCGCUUCUCUUAUUUCUAUUUUACUUUUAAUAGACGGUCCGAAAACAGGGCUCAAGUUACUUCACGGGCAAGUCUAGGCAAGCCUAUUAUUCCUAUUGUAGUAGAGUGACGCUCAUUAGUAAACCUAUCCACUUCAUUAUAUAUGGAGGAAGGCACUUUUCCCCCGGUUAUAACAAUGGGUGACGUCAUAGACUAGACCUAGCUAGACCUUGCUAGACACCAACGGGGUUAAGUUUGCUGCAGCCCUACUACUUGCCCUCUUUAUGCGAACAUUUACAAGAGCACGCAUGCUCAUUAAGAUAAAACGUUAAACACUUGCGUUACAUUAGUAGGCGAGAGUCAAGUCGCAUAAAUGUGGGAGUGGAAUUUAUGUCUACUUAUGCCAAAAUUUACGAGAGUAGGCGUGUGCAUAACGAUAGAUUGAUAUGUACCUGCAUUUUAUUAGUGUGAACUUGUGGGAGCAAGAUUAGAUAGUAGUCAUGCGCAUUCGAACAUCUUAAAACACGUACCAAAGACGUUCUUCUUUUACAAAGUUGCUAACGUGUAGGGGUUGAGCAUGUAUUGUCAACCUUCACCUGCCUUCGAGAGUCUGGCAAUUGUCCCAUCAGCCCCUGAGUCUACACAAGCCACCCACACUCCACUAUCUUCAACAUUCACUCCGCACUCAACUGAAUACAAUAUUCACGCUUGUAGAUCGCGCUUUGUUUUGACUGUUUUGUUCACAUAGAAAUAAAUAUUUUUUAUUUAGCUGCAUGUCACAUUGAAUCAUGCUGGUAGGCGAAAAAAUGAAUAAUGAAGCGUUAAACUGUGACAAGACAAAACUUUUAUUAACAUAGAGUUUUGUUUUGCAGCAUAUAUGUAACGUUAUAUAAUGAUGUAAAUGCUACGCCCACAAUGAUUGGUCGUUUCCCAUGACAGUGAUAUAAAGUUCAUAUCAAAAACAGGACCGUUUCUUCAAGUUAAAACUGAGUUAUGUAUACUGCACUAUAAAACACAUUUGUUUGUCAUGGACUAAAAGCACUGAGUUAUGCUUCCUCCCCUGAGUCAGAGAAGAAUUCGAUUUCCUCUACAUCUGCUGAUUCACCCAUUCGGUAGUCCGGUAGACCAUAGAUGUUGAUGUUGGUUUUUGGUCCCCGAAAUCAACGACCCACCGAGAGUAACGACAUCCCGAAAGUAACGAGCCCCAAAGGCUGCUAAUUCCGAAAGUAACGAGGGUCGCUACUAUGGGAACUUUACGGUAUUAGGUGCACGUUUGGCGAGGUAUCAACAACUGGAGACAAUUGUCAAUGACAAACUAUAGAGAUAUUCAGAACAAUCAACUGAAAAUAAAUAAAUGCUGACUCUCAAUUGUUUGCUCUUUUCAAUUGCUCAUGUUCGAAAUAAGGGAAAAACUCAAAGAGUCAGCAAAGGACUAAACGUUCGGAAAAUUUACACUAACAUGCACAUGCCGCAAUUCUUCCAACCGAUGCUUUUAAACUCCAAAUUUCCGCAGAAAGAAGGCGCCUCGCCUUAUACUGGUAAACAUUUCAGUACCAGCUCAAAGGAGAACGUUUUAAAGCUUUUUUUUUGAUAUCGCGUUCUAUUGGGAUAUCAGUAAACUGCCAAUUAUGUAUAAAAGGAAAAGCAAAAUCAUCAUUUUGUACGAAGUUUUAAAAACCAUAUGGACCCGUGUGGGAACUUGUCAAAAUGGUCACGCUACGCUCCUGGUGGGGAAAAACGGGCAGUGUUGCCGCAGUGGACUCGCUCUCUUCCUUCUCCUCCGGAUAUUAUCUCUCUGCAGGAGGUCCAAUGUAUGUGGGACAGCGAGGCCUCAGGCUGGUUUCAGUCUUCUGGUUAUAGGGUGAAGGUUUCCACUGGCAUUAACCGGUCUUGCGGUUGCGCCAUUUCUGUGACGAUGAGGGUCAUUUCGUCCACUGCUCCUUUUCUUUGGCCGGUGUGUCGGAAUCCUUCAAGGGCGCAUUUUUUGGAUUACGUGUUGGGAGGUUUCAAUCCGUUUUCCGUGCAAUUGGAAGCCCAUUACUCUGCUCAAUGUCGACUACAAAAUUGCCUCCCGCGCGAUCAUCGGCCGUCUUCUUAAAGUUAUUCAUUUCGUUGUGGCCAAUGACCAGACUUGUGGGGUGUCGGGUAGGUUUAUUGAAGACAGUGCCUCUUUGCUGAGGGAUGUGACACACUGCGUCUACUUGAUCCCAUCGGCCUAAACCCCAUAGACACCUUAUGAAUUUUACACAACGUAGUAUUCCUUAUCGCUUAGGUUUCAAGCACUGACUAUAGUAGACAAAGCUUGCCGGUGUUUCCUAUUAUUUAUAAGACAACUAACAUAGUACGCGCGCUCUGAUUGGUUAAAAUGUAUGGCUUAUUGUGCCGGUAAACUCAUAGAAAACUUAAAGUUAUUUUAUAAAAGCAAUAGACCACACUUUCUAUGAGUUUACCGGCGUGAUAACCCACUUGGGAUGUUGGGAGAACACUCGAAAAGCUACGGUAAGUGAAAGUGUCAUUUUCUUGUCACUAAUUAAUCCCCAGGAAUAAUUUUUGCAAUUCAAAUUGAACGUUAAUAGUAGACGGGUUAGCAUUAGAUGCCAUCGGCCUAAACCCCUUGGACACAGUAUUGUUGCUUAACCCUAAUAACUAUUCACGUUUCAUUUGAAUGCAAAUAUUAUCCCUGGGGAUAAACUAAUGAUAUGCAAAUGAGUAUAUAUAAUAGGAAACACCGGCACGCUUUGUCCCAUUCACUUCACUUUGUCCGACACGAAGGACGAUUGGCGACCCACCCGACCUCCCCAGCAAGUAAGUCGGGUUCCAGAUUGCCUAUAUUCAAUUCAGUCUGUCUUGGGCUUGCCCCAGGUCAGAUUGAUUCCCCAUACCUUUUUGUAAUGUCAUGAAUAAAAAUUACCCAAGGAGGAAUAUUGUACUAAUAUAAUGGCAAGUGUUUAACGUUCUAUCGUAAUGCGCAUGCCUCCUCUCAAAACUGUUUGCAUAAGGGGACAGAAAUUCUACUCCCACAUGUAUGCAACUGAGUUUCGUCUACUAAAAACAGGGGGCGACCAUGCGGGGAGGGCGUUUACUUCAAAUAUUGCUCACGGGAAGUCUUGCCCUAAAUAUUUUGUUUUACUAUCCCAUCAAAAAAAAAUGACAGAUUCGAAGCAAAACUCGUAAUAAUAAAGACCAAAAUUGCUUUUGUUUUUUUCGCAGCUAUGUCAGGUUAUUUUGAUUGGAAGCCAGUGGAGUCAUGCCUUGAUAUCAAAACGAUCGAAGGCGAACAGGCGAUCAGCGGUGCAUACUGGCUAAAUCAAACAGGUGUUAUAUUUCAGGUAAAAUUAGUUUAUAAUUCUAUGCUUUUUUACUAUUUUUGAUUUUCACAUUCAUGGCAUUUUUUGGCAGGCCUCUUUCAGGUCUGUUGGUUAUUUACAGUCCUGAUUUCUGGAUUUUCCUAGGGGUCGAAGGCGGCCAGAUUCACUUUAUAGCUGCGCAAUGUUUUGAAAGAAAAUGGUCGUCUUUUUCCCUAGAACAGAAAUCUUUGUCAGUAAUGUUCAGUAGGAAUUACUACCUAGAAAUUGAGAGUAAGUAUUAAAACGGCUUUUAAUUAGAGCGGUUUUCACUUGACUGUCGAAAGGGAUUGGUUUUGGUUUUGGUUUUGGUUUUACUACGCCCUUUGGUUGGCUAGUGUAUUUACUUUGGUUUUGGUUUUACGACAGUCAAGUGAAAACCGCUCUAAUCGCCACAUUCCUUUUCUAUUAGGCAUACUGCCAAAUGGAAUCACUUGGAAAAGUUUGGACCCAUCUUGCUCGUUUCUCCAUGGCAGACGCAAUAAACUGGAUGAAGGACAGUGGUGAAUGGUGGUAUGAUAAGAUUAUUUCCACUGGAGAAACAACUGAUCCAUCAAGUAACACUGAUAUGAUUUCACCAGGCUUUUGGCUAGUCAGCGGCAACGAGUUUAAGAUCACGCGUAAUGAUGACCGUCAGCACACCGCUCUAUUGCAAACAACAGGUGACUGUCUGGGUGGUCAGACAUUCAGGAGGAAAAUAACAAGCUACGGGGACUUCCGGAAUGGCACGACUUGGAGGUUUAAUUUUCGGUGUCUGGGGAAUUGUACGGUUCACUACGGUGGGCAAUACGAGACAACGCAAGGUUUUGGUAACGCAAAGUGUAAUGGAACCAUUCUAAGCGGGGAUAAGAUUGGCUUCUGGUGCGACAGAGGGAGAUGGGAUGGGGCGGUUAUGAUGAUCGGUGGCAGUGGAAGUGGUGAUUGUGGUCAUACUUAUCAUGGGCUGGGAAUAACUGGGGCGAAAAUACCUUCCUUUUCUAAUGGUGCUAGGAGAGAACAAGACUUCGGCAAUUCACCAUAUAGCAAACAUUACACCGGCAAUUACUCAUUAAACCUGUGGAUACGUUAG